AUGUCUAAGAUUGCGUUUUUCAUUCCGUAUCAUACUGGCUAUGCUCAUUCUAACCUUGUCGAAGCAUUUGCAAGUUACUCAAGCGAUGUCCAUGUGUUUAUUUACAAUUGGAAUCCACAAAAGAAAAUGAUUCAAGAUUAUUUUAGAACAACAAAUAAGAAUAUUUUUGUACACGACUUUAAUCUUGAUACACUAUUCACACAGGUAUCUCUAACAACAAUACCGGUGGUUAUUAUUUUAACAGCAUCAUUAAAUUACUUAUUUGGCAAAAUUCAACUAAAAAUUUUCAAUUUAAUAAAAAAUAAUGUUUCUUCUAUCAUCGACAUUUAUGCAGUGGGUCAUUGUAUGUUUGGUUGUCAGAGUUGUGCAUACGAACAUACACAUCGUUUACCGAUAACAUUUACAAAUUAUAUGUUAACAAAAAAUGAACGAAAGGAAGAUAGUGAUAAAUCCAAUCAGAUAUUGAUUUGUCCAAGUUAUUCAUUUGAACAAGCACAAACAAGUCUAUUAUCGAAUAAUGUUAUUGUAGAUUAUAUUAUUUCAUUUCAGUUUCCGUACACAAUUAAAUUUCAUCCAUUAACUUACGAUUGUUGGUAUGAUAAUAAUAAAGAACAUCCAUUUUUAUCACUUACUGAACUAGAAAAACAGAAUACUGAACGAUUAAUUCAAUCUUCAUCAGCUAAAAUUAUUCCAAUUAACGAAAAAAAUACUUUAAAAUUAAUUGAAUUAGCCGAUUUAAUUAUAUGUGAUUCAAAUUCAUCUAUACCAUUUGAAACAUUAUAUUUUCAAAACAAAUUUAUAUUUGUUUAUGAAACAUAUCAAUAUCCAAUUUCAAAUAAUAAUGAUAAAAAUUUUCAAACAUAUUUUCAUGUUUUCCAUCAUAGAUAUGAAUUAGAAACAUUAAUUGAACAAUAUUUGAAUAAAACAUUAGAAUGUAAAACAAUGAAUAGUAGAGAAUAUUUUUUGAGUAAAUAUGAUACACCUGACGGAAAUGAAAUUGAAAAGUUGGCUAGAAUACGAAAAUGGGAUACUGUUAAUCCGAAGACAAAUGAUACUAAUAUUUCCGUUGAUGAUAUUAAAUUACAAUUAAAAGGGCAAUUUGACUCAACACCAACGGGCAUGUACGCAUUAGGAGAAUAUACGCUAGCCGAAGUUCUCCAUAGCUUUACAAUUGAUGAUGAAUUUAAAUCAUUACUACAAAAUUCUGAACAGCUAUAA